AUGGACGGCUCCCGGAAACGAAGAGCGACCAACGCGACACCAUCCUCCACCGAGGGCAGCGCAUCCAAGAGGCUGAAACUUUUGAACUCCAGCGCACCCUCGACCAAAUCGACCGUACAGCAGGUGGGUGAGAAGCUCUUAGAGCAACUGCACAAUGCUACAGACAAGAACGGCCGGGAGAUCGCACUCCAAUUCCUCACGCUUCCCGACCGAGAUGAACUACCGGAGUACUACGAUAUCAUCAAGCUCCCCAUCGCCCUCGACACGAUCGAAGAGAAGCUUAAACGCGAUGCAUAUCCCACCGUUACCACCCUCGAGAGCGACUUCAAGCGGCUAGUUCAAAACGCAAAGGACUUCAACGACUCAAAGAGCCUGAUCCACGAAGAUGCCGAGAAGAUACGGAAGCUGGUCUUCAACCACAUGAAGGUCCACAAUCCUGCGUACAAAGAGGAUCCAGGAUACUCUGCCUUUGCCACACCUAUACCAGAAACACCAGCACCGCCAGCGCAGAAUGGGGUGAGGAAUGCCAACACUGAUGCAGCGCCGGGGGCGCGGCGGGAGAGCAGUGCAAAGCCGAAGAUUGUGCUGUCUGCGCGGACGUCUGAACCGCCAGCCAAGCAGGUGUCGAUAGCUCCAAGUGCAGGCACUGGCGAGGAUGACGAGGGUGAUGAAGGUGCUGAGGAAGGCGGCGACGGCAGCAACGACAUCGACUUCACGGGCAUGACAUUCCAGGAAGCGCAGCAAAAGAUGAUUGCCUUCCUGCUCAGGUAUCAUGACGAGGAAGGCCUCGAGAUUUACUUCCCAUUCGGCAAUCUGCCCACGCGGAAGCUGGAAGAUUACUACAAAAUCAUCAAGCAUCCUGUCUCGCUAAAGAGCGUAGCCAAGCGUGCUCGUGGUCAGCAUGGCCGCGCGCCAUCGACGAACAUCACCGACUUCAAAACCUGGGACGCUUUCGAGGAAGAGGUAUCGUUCAUCUGGCGCAACGCACAGGAGUACAACGAAGACGGCAGCGACAUGUACAACCUUGCAGAUGAGUUCAGGGAGCACUUCCAAUCUUUGCUCGCUGAGGCCAAGGAGAAAGUCGAAGAGCCAGCAGGACCUAAGAUAAAGCUGGGUGGACCCAAACCCAAGGUCAUGCUCAAUCUAUCACAGAACCGGGGCUCGCCUGCAUCAGGUGUGUCUGUCGACAACGAAGCGCUUCUUCGCCAGCGUCAGAUGGUGCAGGCAGGGGUGAACGGACAACAGAAAGCCCACCCGCCUGCCGUCAACGGAAACCAUGCUAAGCCGGUCAAUUCGAUGCGACCUUCGAGCAGCGGCUCGCCACUGGACUCAGGCAUCAAGAUGGAGAAGCCGCUAUCGCAAUCGCCAGGACCGCCCACACUCAUGCCAUCCGGCUCUUCCACCAAUGGCAUGAUGCCGCCCCCGGUCAUGCGUCCAACAAGCAGCAGCCCAUACCCCGGACUGCCACCGCCCAACUACACAGCUCCCGCGUACCUACCGCCUACACCUCUGCGCAGCUAUCCAAUCGAAGCUGCUCUUCUACCAUCCGUAACAAUAUCAACUCACCCGCAGCUGAAGGCCGCGAAACCUUUCAGCAUCUCCAUCUCGCCACACCCGACGCUCAGCCAACAGUCGACAACGCUCUCCUUACCACCAACGCACUACUUCCUGCAGAUCCAGCCCACGAUCUCGAAGCAGCUAGCCAUGGGUCGACCUUACAAGCUCUUCGUCACGGUCAAUGGCACGCGAUUGACACAGCGCGAUACGCUGCUCAACUCCGAGACCAGCAGACGGACGCACGUGUACGAGGGUAGUCUAGCAGGAGGGGUUAACAGGAUAGAAGUCGAAGUCGCCGCGGCAAAGGGUACGGUGAAUGCCGAGGGCUUGGAUGUUGAGAAGGUUAAUGUGUUUGUUAACCUGAUGAGAUGA